AUGCAAUCUCAACGCAUCAAGAAGAACGUCAUAUCGAAACAGCAGUUCGAUACGUUUUUUUCUUCGUUUUCGAAUCUCAAAAUUUCAAUCGAAAUGGGUAAUCUGCAUGGUAAAGAUCGGUUGCCAAAACAUCAUCCCACUCUCGGUCCUUCGUCGAAGACGAGUCCUGUCGAUGACCCAAGUGAUCCUCCAUUCGUUGUGGUCUGGUGUGAUGCAUCGAUCGGUUCAGAUACAAAUGCUAGCGAUGAUGUGAAUACCUUAAUACAAUUGACACGUAUUGUGAAUAGAAAGCGGCAGUUGAUCCAUACUUUCAUUCAUGGUCUUCAUCAAUUACAUUCGGUUUAUAUAUUCUGUUUUAAUAAACCAAAAUACGAUCAGUGGGCGAAACAAUUCAAUAAAAUUCGUGGAGUUUAUACUGAAAUCGAUGAAAUAUGUGACUAUUUGCGAAAAUACUUUGCUGCCCAAUCAACAAUAUCUGACGAAGAACAAUUACAAUUCGACAUUUUCAGGAAAAAUCCUGAUUUAGCUUCGGGCGAUCGACAAGACGUUCCGUUUCUUCAUUCUAUUCUCAUCAAAUUGAUUUUGUCGAACAUGAAUUUAAUUAAAAUUGAAGACAUGAUUAAUUACUGCCGGAUUGAAUAUUCGAGUCCUCAUCAGCAGCAUUUAAUCAAUGAUUUAGAAAAGGUCUACACGCAAUAUGAUCCUGUUUGGUGGUAUACACGGGACAGUUUUCUCCAAACUAUUGUUAAUCGUGCUCUACAAAUCAAUGAUCUAUUUACUCUAUGUACGAUGAGUCCGUUCAUACAACAACUUGUUAAGCAACUUGCAACUUCACAUGAAGAACAGAACACUUCAAUGUCAAAAGACUUAGUGUUGUAUUCAUAUCAAUUAUUAUCAUUUGAUGAUUUUGAAAAAAUCAGAUUAAACCAAGGAGGACUAAUGUGUAUUAAUCAAUUUACUUCUGCUAACAGCGAAAAAGCGAUACCUUUGACAUUUCUGCAACAUCAAGCAGCACCACCUGCCGCAACGCCAGCCACGACACCAGCAACAUCAUUAGCCACAACGCCAGUCACGAUACCAGGCGCAACACCAGCACCAGCAGCAACGCCUGCAUCAACGUUUGCAACAACACCAACAACCGACACCGUUACCAUCAAUCCCAUUCAGAUCAAUGCAAUUCUCAACAUCACAAUUCCGCAUGGCGCGACACCGAAUGUUCCGUUUGCGAACAUUGGUGCAGACAGUGACUUUGUUCACGAAAAUGACUAUCUCAUAUCUAUGACAAGUAUCUAUCGAAUUGAUAAGCUUGAGCAAUUUCCGGAAGAUCCUGCGUCUUGGCAUAUCUAUCUGACGUUAAUUGGUGAAAAAGAUGAGCAAUAUACUGAUAUAGUGCAUUACUUAACUUUAACUUAUAAGCUUGAAGAGUCCACUCUACCUGAACUCGCAUCAUCCGUUACACACAAACUGUAUCAAUUCAAAUCAACACGCAAACUAUUUGAAAAAGCCUACUCUUCGAAAAUUCGACAAAUGCGUACGGGUCUGAUGAAUUAUAAUAUGGGUGUGAUUUACGAUUGUAUGAGUGAAUACGCAAAAGCUAUUAGCGAAUAUAAAUACGGUGUAGAGUUCGUUCGGCAAACCACACCGGACGGGUUUUCCGUCGAUCAUGCAUGUCUCGCACCGGUAUUUUCGAAUGUGGGGAUAUCGUACGAACGAUUACACGUCUUUUCCAAUGCAGUGGAUCAUGGAUUUCGUGCAGUGACUAUUGUAUCGGACAUGGAUGAGAAAACCUGUCCAUUUCGAAAAGAACUUUUGGCUUCCGCAUACUUCAAUCUUGGCUUAAUUCAUGAGUUGGAUAUGAAAUUUCCUCAAGCGAAAAUGUUUUAUGAACAAGCUUUGAAAUAUCGACGUCAAGUAUUGUCUCCUGAACAUCCCGAUAUGAAAAGUUUAAAACACACUUUGAGUUUAUUAACAUCUGAAUAA